UUCAAUUGUCAUGUCAGUUUUGAAUGUUCAAAUUUUACUGGACAAGUUGUUAACCUAUAUUAUUAAUACAUAAAUUUAGUUAAAAAAGUUAUACGAGAAUAAAGUACGUAGUGAUUUUUAAUUACAAUGAGCACACAUCAAGAGACACUGGAAUGGAUUCGAAAAUUAGGGUAUGACGGUAAUUUUCCUGAAAAUUUUGAUAAAAUUUGCAAUAGUUCAACGUCGUUUAUUUGGGAUCAACUUAUUCAUAACGUCAAAUCUAAAAUUGAGGUGGAUAAUAUAAGGAACAAUAUUCUAGUAAACCAUUUGAAACAAAAAGGUGUAAAUGAAAAUCAAACGGAUAAAUCACAAUGUUUUCCAAAAGAAAUCAAUCUGUAUUUGAAGAAAAGAAAGCUAGAACAAACUAUCGAAAAUAUGAAUUAUUCUAUAGCAGGAAAACAAACAAUAAAACAAAAUCUGAUCAAACAGAAUAGUAUUAAACAGUUCACCAUAGAAAAAACAAACCUGAGAAUUAAAGAAAAUGAGGAACAGGAAUUUCUUCUUAGAGAAAAAAUGAAAAUGCUGGAUAAAUAUGUAGAAGAAGCAGAAGAUAUUUAUAAUUUGUCCAUGGUUUGUACCCCAUCGGAAAUCAUGGAAACCCAUAGUUCCAAUGAUAUUACACACACUUUACAGCAGUGUAAAGAAAUGUUGAAAGAUAGUAUUAAGCAGUUACCUCUAUCAGGACGAAAUAUUUCUUCUGGGGCGAUGUAUAAACCUCUGCCAUCUGCACAAAAAACUGCUAAGAAAAAUAACACUUUUGAAAACUACUUUUGUAUGACCGAAAAAAAAACUGCCAAUAAAAUAAAAAAUCACAUUCCAAAAACAAGAGUCGCUAGUACACCUAAAGUGAGUAUAAGAUUAUUUCCUGAAGAUGGUUAUAAAAUGAAGACAAGACAGAAUAAGUUAAUAGAUUUAUCUACUAGAAGAGAAUCAUUGGAAAUGUAUGUCGAAGAUAAUGAUGAUGAAAAUUUUUUGGUUGAUCUAAAUAAAGCUUCGUUUGUAUCAACAUUACCUGAUUUCAAGCAUUCAUUCUCUCGAUUUACUACCAUACAAGAUAUGAGCGGAAGUAACACAAUAAAUAGUGAAGUAAGUAACGAAACUUUAUUAAAAAUGAUCCACAAAGAUUCGGUUGGUAGUGAAAUAACACAUUUACUACAUAAGUAUAGUAGACCUAGUAUUUGGAACAUUUUUAAAUUUCUCGAUGAUAAUAUACACUUUGAUAUAUCUAAAAAAAUGAAUUUCCAAGAAAUUAAAAUGUCAAGUGAUGAUAAAAAAAAAUCAGUUGAAUUGCUAAAACUACAAACUUUGCAUGUUGCAACGGAAUUAAAACUAAUAAAAAGUAACUUUGUGUUGAAGCUUUUAAUAGACAAAUUCAAUAAGAAAAACGAAAGUUUUUAUGCUUCUUUACACCAUAAAGGUUAUUCACAGGAUCUAGUGGAUAGUUUACAGAAAAAGUUACAAUUACACAUAGAAAAUGUGGGGUUAGACAGUUUACUUGCAGAAAUGAAAAGAGAAAUCAAUGAUACUCAAAACUCAUCAUUCUCAGAUAUACAUGAAUUGAAUAAAUCUUUACGAUGUAUCAAAGAAGAGGUUACAACUAAAAUAAAUGAUUUAACCAGUUAUUUAACGUUAAUUCAGGAAAUAUUCACAGGUAUACAUCGUAUUAGAAAUAAUUCAAUUAAUUGUGUCAGAGAAGUAGCUCCGUUUACUAACGAUUUAAAUUGGUGUGAUCCUCUACAAGACAACAUAAAUUCUAAUGAAUUAAAAAUAUUUGAACGAUUUCCUUUAGAAUAUAAUAGAAAAUUUAUUAACACUGAUCCUACUUUGAAUUAUCGAGAUUAUGAUACCGAUAAAUAUUUACUCAAUCAAGGAAUAGAUAACGAGAAACUAGAUAUGUUAAGUUCGAUAUUAGGCAGUCCCUUUAGCCCACCAGAAAAAGUCAUACACAAUAUUUUAUGUUCUAAAAUGAAGUUUAACAUUCUGAAGAAUAUGACGUCCGUUGCAAAUAGGACUCCAUCUAAAAUAUAUAGUCUUAAGGAGUUAAGAAGUAAAGAAUGUACGCUAGAAGCUGCAGAACAACUUAAUAAACUAAUCUUCUCAUCUACAUCCAACAAGACGUUAUUAGCUGCGGAUGUUUCAACGAAAGUGAUGAACAUGUGGAGUGAAAUGCAUUUCGGACAGUUUAUUUCCCCAAAAAUCAAAGUUGAUGGACAAGACUAUCAACAUUUUGAGAAAAUAUAUGAAAGUUAUCUCAGUAGAUUAUAAAUAAUUAUUGUUGGUGUUAUACGAGGGAUGUUCGUGAAGUUUCGUUCAACCUUUAUUUUUUUAUUCAAACUUUCGUCUUAGUACAUGUUUUCCCAUUAUGUAACUUGUUUUAUUCAUUCAAUUUAACGUUUCAUAAUUUCUGAAUUGAAACCAUAGAACUAAUAUUAAAGAUUGAGUGAGCUUGGAAUACGAACUGUUGAUAAAGAGAGAAACAACAACUCUCUCUCUCUCUCUCUCUACUCUAUUCUGAUUGUAUUGCCAUGACGUCGAACUUUCGAAUGGUGGGAACUUACGUGGUGUUCUCUCUAAUUUUAAUAUCUCUAUGGCUAAAACACCUAAAUAAAAUGAUAAAUUUUGUUCAACUAUAUCAAAAAAGGGCUUGCGAACGAAUUUCCUAUAAUGAAGAUUGUCAAUAAAUUUGGUAAAACUAUUGUAUUUAGAAAUUUACUAAUUUUUCAUUAUUUCAUGCUGAAUAACAUCACAUCAAAUAAGAGCAUCAUAUGCCAUUUCAAAGUAGCACUACCAUGUUCAUACAACCGACAGCGUGUCUAUAAUGGCGCCCAUUUUGGUUAAUCAUAAAAUAGUUAGACUCCCGCAUGCGCGAAAAUGCGAUUUAGGCGUUAUCUUAUAGAUAUAGAAUAAUUAAAAGCAAUAAUCUCAUCAUUAUUUAUUAGACCAUAAAUUUGUAAUACAACUUUUGUAAUGGAUUUGGAAAUAUAUUAUUUUAU